AAAUAGUCUGCAUGCAUCUCACUCUCUCCCCAACCAACUCAUAUACACAUUAUAUCUCUCUCUUAGCUUACUCUCACCCCAACCAAUCUCACACACUCUCUCUCUCUCUCCUCUUCUUUAUCUAGCUAGCUUUAAGAAUACAAAAAAUGCAAUACAAAACAGAAACUAGAGGGUCUAAUUUGUCCUACAACAACAGUAAGGUGAUGAACAACAUGAAUGUGUUUCCGGCAGAGACACUGGCGAAGAUAGAGUCGAUGGCGGCAGAGAAUGCCGUGGUUAUAUUCAGCGUGAGCACUUGCUGCAUGUGCCACGCUAUCAAGCGUCUCUUCCGUGGAAUGGGAGUCAGCCCCGCCGUCCAUGAGCUUGACCUCCACCCUUACGGCGCAGAGAUCCACCGCGCUCUACUUCGUCUCCUUGGCUGCUCUAGCGGUGGCGCUACUUCUCAGGGGGCACUACCGGUCGUGUUCAUCGGAGGGAAGAUGGUAGGAGCAAUGGAGAGAGUGAUGGCUUCACAUAUUAAUGGCUCACUCGUCCCUCUUCUCAAAGAUGCUGGCGCACUGUGGCUGUGACGAUCCCAUUAUCUCCGGACCAACCUUUCGUUUUUCUUUACUCUCUUUGGUUUUUAAGGACAACCAAAAAAAAGGAACUUAGGUUAAAUCUAGCGUGUUAGUGUCAGUGAGAGAGAAGAGUGGUGCGUUUGUUUUAAGCUUAGCUCUUUGUCUAUCUUAAUCACACUAAUAUAUAAAAUGUGUUUA